AUGACACCUGUGGAUCAUCAGCACCAAGCAGGACAAAAUAUCCAGCGUGACAGUGGGGCUCCCAAUAGACUCUCAUUCGCCGCCAUGUCGUUAGAAGAAGCAACUUUGCCAACUUCGAACAGUGCUCAAGUCAUUGAUGCUCAAAUAGUCACUUUUUCAAGCAACUUGGAUGACACGGAGAAUCGCGUCAUCGACAGCCAAAGAAUCCAGCCUUUUUCAACACUCCCAAGAGGACCCUUCCAAACACCACCGAUUAUGAAGAGAAAGCGUCGGCCUUCCACAGUAACACCGCCUCGAGAACAACCCAAAAGGGACAUUUUGUGGAUCACCGAGCCUCCACUUUUUCCGCGAUUGGAUUCGGGUUUGGAUUCGGAUUCGAAUCUUCUGAAUAGCAACGAGGGUGAAGAAAACACCACCCUAUCUCUACCAAAAGCAUCAUCCUACAACCCCUUUCGGAAGAUCAAUUAUCGAAGAACCCAAAUUCGCGAAGAAGAGGACACCAUGCCAGCUUUGCCACCAGUCCAAAGAAGAACCCCAUUCUCUUGUUUGGGCUUUCCCAACAUUCCCACCUUGGACGAUGAUUCUCCACAACCACGCAGGACAAUCACGACAACUCCAUCUUCUUCACUUCCUACUGUCCCUGCUGUGUCCACAUGGAGGAAGGGUCCCUUGAAGAUGAGACGAUUGAAUUCCUCAUGA